GUUCGCGUUGGGAGCCUGAGCGAGAGGCAGAAGCGAAAGAAAGACUGUCACACAGCCUGGCUCGCAUGCUUUAACUUGUUCUCAUGUAACCGCCCGUGAAGGAAAGACGCAGAAGAAGAAAACAGAACAAUUGCAUGGAUUUACAAAUGCCUUUAAAUCUCGUGACCACUGACCAGGGAAUAUGAGCCGGCUAUGAGAAGUUGUUUGAUCCGACCGGACGUGCGAGCGCUGCCGGCACAAAUAAACUCAUGUUAGCAGAAGUCAGUGGAUGAGGUGGGCUGUUCUCCAUAACCCAUUAUGGAUAUCAACUACUGGCUAUUUACCCAUCUCAAAACAUCCUGUCUGAAAGGCUCCUGCUCCAUAACACCUCCCUGUGUUUGAGCUGGGACGCCCGGGACUCACAGGCUGUGGACAUCAUGACACAGAUGGACUACAAGUACAGCCUGCUGGGCUCCACGGUGGAGGACUACCGCAAGAGACCGCUACUCCUGCAGGUGGAUGAAACACCUAUGAACCUGUUUGCAGUUCUGGAGGUAAAACGGGAUCUACCAAGACGAUGGAGCAACCUGGGGUGGUUCCGAAAGAUCCGUGUCUACAGCUUCCUGUUUGGCCUGGCUGUCAUGUUCCUCAUCACGGCUUCAUACAUUCUGACUGGGGACAAAAAGGGCCUUCUCCUCACCCCUUCUCCCUAUCACUUCAGCAGCCUGGUCAGCCCAGGACCUUUAACCUUUAAUCUCUCCUCGGUCAAGGAUUACAUACAUAUUAAAAUGGUGGUCAAAUCCAUUGCAUCUAAGGUGGAGUUUCAGAGCAGUAGACAGCUUCCGGAGCUUAAAGCACUGGUUAAGAGUGAGCCACAUAUGUUUUCUGUUAUCCCUCGCAAAUUUCUGCCUGGUGUCAAGAACCCCUGCUGGUAUGAGGAAUACACUGGGAAUAUCACUUCCGACCCAUACAGGACAAACUUAUAUGGACGCUAUUCGCGGCGCUUCAGAACAGUUUUCCAGCACUUGAGGAACACUUUCCACGAACAUUUGCUUCAUCACAACAGGAAACUCUACCGCAUGCGGUGCCUUCCUUAUUUCUAUAUCAUUGGUCAGCCAAAGUGCGGCACAACAGACCUGUAUGAUAGACUAAAGCUGCACCCGGACGUGAAGUUCACAACUUUCAAAGAGCCACACUGGUGGACCCGCAAACGUUUUGGUGAGUAAGGAACACGUAAUUUUGAGCGGUAAGGGAG